GUCUGCUUCCGGCUCUCGGUGCAGUCAGCGGCAGCAAUUAACAAAGCCGAGAACCUUGAUCAAAACGGUAUCGCGCAGGAAUUCAAAGGCCCGACACGAGACAGCGACGGCCAUGGGUCAUACUACUAGGCUGUUCAUCGGCUCCAUCCACACGUGGAUUAUUAAGCCAUAAUUAGCCGUGACUUUUGUUUUGUUCAUAAGUAAAGCCCUUUUGUCGUUCCUUGCCUACUCCAUCUGGUCGUCUUCGAAUUGUAGCAAGGACCAAAGGAACAGAGGAGGAGGAGAAGCAACUCUUACUCUCGCUUGCUUGCGCGCAUGAGAAUUGAGAAGGCUUCCCGCCCCGUCGUCGUAGCUUCCCGUGCCGUAUAGAAUUCUUCCAUGAUCCAGGAAGGCUGGCCAUGUCUCCCCUGCUCCUCGAACUCCUCUGCCUACUCCUCGUCGCAGGUUCGGUGGUGCUGACAGGCGCCCAGAACGGCGCCGGAGAAGACAAGGCGGUGCUGGUAGAACUCAAGCGGUUCCUGCAGACGAACAACAAGGUCAACCGUGGCGACUACGACGCGUGGCCGGAGACGGCCACUUCCCCUUGCAAUUGGGCCGGCGUCCGCUGCGACGCCGCGGGCCGCGUGGCUUCGCUGAACCUCUCGAACUCGGCCAUCUCCGGCCCGGCCUUCGGCAACUUCUCGCGGCUCCCGGCGCUCGUCUCGCUCGACCUCUCCGAUAACUCCAUCACCGGCUUCCUCCCCGCGGACGACCUCAACCAAUGCCGCGGCCUGACACACCUCAACCUCUCACACAACCUCAUCACGGGCCCGCUCCACAUCCCCGGCCUGACGAACCUCCGGACGCUCGACGUGUCCGGGAACCGGCUUAAUGGCAGCGUGGCCGGUAACUUCCCUUCUAUCUGCGCGGGAGAGCUUGAACAACUCGACAUGUCCACCAACAGGUUCACGGGCAACAUCACCGGCAUGCUCGACGGCUGCGGGAAUAAGCUGGAGCGCGUGGAUCUCAGCUCCAACAACUUCACUGGCGAGCUAUGGCCGGGCGUCUCAAGGUUCAGUCAAUUCAGCGCCGCGGAGAACAACCUCACCGGGAGCAUUCCGUCGAGCACCUUCCAGGACGGCUGCAGGCUCCAGUCCCUGGACCUCUCCGCGAACAAGCUGGCCGGCAGCUUCCCGGACUCCAUCGCCAAGUGCCAGAAUUUAACGUACCUGUCUCUAUGGGGGAACAAUUUCGCCGGAACGAUCCCGGCUGGAAUCGGGGAGCUGGGUGUCCUCGAGACGCUCAUCCUCGGGAAGAACCGGUUCGACCGGCGGAUCCCUCAAGCGCUGACGAACUGCACGGCGCUCCAGUUCCUGGACAUGAGCAACAACUCCUUCGGAGGCGACGUGCAAGAGAUCUUCGGAAGCUUCGCCCCGAGCCUCAAGUACCUCGUGCUGCAUCACAACGGGUACACGGGCGGGAUCGUGGCGUCCGGCGUGCUCCGGCUGCCGAGGCUCGCGAGACUCGACCUCAGCUUCAACGAUUUCACCGGCUAUCUGCCCCCGGAGGUGGCCGAGAUGAAGAGCCUCAAGUACCUGAUGCUAGCCGACAACAACUUCUCAGGCGGGAUACCAACGGAGUACGGCCGGCUCGCGGAGCUCCAGGCGCUGGACCUGUCGAACAACGCGCUCUCCGGCGGGAUCCCUGCGAGCGUCGGGAACCUCACCUCGCUGCUCUGGCUGAUGCUCGCCGGGAACAAGCUCUCGGGACAGAUACCGCGUGAGAUCGGGCGCUGCAGCAGCUUGCUCUGGCUGAACCUGGCCGACAACAGAUUAACCGGGGAGAUCCCGCCGGAGAUGGCAGAGAUCGGGAACAACCCGGGCCCGACCUUCGCCAAGAACCGGGAGGACUCGAGCGUGCUGGCCGGGUCCGGGGAGUGCCAGGCCAUGAAACGGUGGAUCCCGGCCAGCUACCCGCCCUUCAGCUUCGUCUACACGGUCAUGACCCGCGAGAACUGCCGCAGCAUCUGGGACCGCAUCCUCAAGGGCUACGGGAUCUUCCCCAUCUGCACGAACAACUCUUCGUCGCAGGUCAGGACCAACUCGAUCUCCGGCUACGUGCAGCUCUCGAGGAACAUGCUGUCCGGGCAGAUCCCGUCGCGGAUCGGCGCAAUGCGGAACCUCAGCUUGCUCCACCUCGACGGCAACGGCUUCACGGGCCGGAUCCCGCCGGAGAUCGGCCAGCUGCCGCUCGUCAUCCUCAACGUGUCCAGGAAUAACAUCUCCGGCCCGAUCCCGUCCGAGGUUGGUCAAAUUCGGUGCCUCGAGAGGAUGGACUUGUCAUUCAACAAUCUCUCUGGAGAGCUCCCCGCGAGCCUGGGCCGACUCACCGAGCUGGCCAUGUUCAAUGUCUCGUACAACCCACUUCUCCAUGGCUAUGUCCCGACCGCCGGCCAGUUCGGCACCUUCGACGAGCAGUCCUUCAUUGGAAUCCCCAACAUAACGCUGCAUCGGGAUCGAGCCGUCGCUGGGGCUGGCAAGCAACAACAACCAAUGGAAGAUGCUACUCGUGGCAGGAAGAUGCUGCCGAGAACUAUUCUGGCAUGGUUCUUCUUCUCCCUCGUCGUCGCCUUCAUCGCCGGCAGCGUCGUGUUCAUCGUCACCAGCCUGCGCGCCCGGUACCCGGUGGACCAGGACCCGGACCUGGAGCACCCCAAGUGCGGCGGGGGUGGCGGGAACGGGAAGCACAAGUUAUUCCAAACGUCAUCGUCGUCGUCAUCGCCGCUGCCGUCUUCUGGGUGGUCAUCAUCAUCGGCGACCGGGUGCUCCUCUACUUCGACCGAGGCGGCGGUGAAGGUGUUCCGGCUGGACAAGACGACCGCAUUCACCUACCGCGACAUCGUGGCCGCCACGGGCGACUUCUCGGACGGCCGGGUGAUCGGGCGCGGCGGGCACGGCGUCGUGUACCGCGGCGUGCUCCCCGACGGCCGCACCGUGGCCGUCAAGAGGCUCUCGAGAUGUCGCAACGAUGUCGGCGAAGAAGACGGGGACGGGGAGCGCGAGUUCCGGGCGGAGAUGGAGGUGCUGGCGGGCCGGAUGGGGUUCACGUGGCCGCACCCGAACCUGGUCACGCUCUACGGCUGGUGCCUCUCGGGGUCCGCCAAGAUCCUCGUCUACGAGUACCUGGAGGGCGGCACCCUGGAGUCCCUCAUCUUCUCCGACGCCGGUGUCAAGUGGGCGCGGCGGAAGGAGGUGGCCGUGGGGGUGGCCAGGGCGCUGGUGUUCCUGCACCACGAGUGCGCGCCCGCCGUGGUGCACCGGGACGUGAAGGCCAGUAAUGUUUUGCUGGACGGCGAGGGCCGGGCCAGGGUCACGGACUUCGGGCUGGCCAGGGUGGUCCGGCCUGGCGACACCCACGUCAGCACCGUGGUGGCCGGCACCGUGGGGUACGUGGCGCCGGAGUACGGGCAGACGUGGCGCGCCACCACGAAGGGAGACGUGUACAGCUUCGGCGUCCUGCUCAUGGAGCUCGCCACGCGCCGGCGCGCCGUUGGCUACGGCGAGGAGGACGACGAGUGCCUCGUCGACUGGGCUCGCCGCGCGGCCAAGGAGGGAUGGAAGGGAAGACAACAGCAGUUGGUGAAAGCGCAAGCGGGGGGUGAUCGAUUGGCGACGAGCGGCGAGGUGUUCUGGGAGCUGCUGGCGAUCGGCCUGCGGUGCACGGCGGACGCGCCGCACGAGCGGCCGGACAUGCCGGAGGUGCUCGCCGCUCUGCUGGACGUCGACGCCGACGGCGAGUAAACCAGCAGGUGUUCGACGACGUGACGUGCGCACGUACGAGAAGACAAGUACAGAAAAAUUGAUUCGUUUGUGUACAAAAUUUUACAGAGUUUUUGGUCGUUUGAUUAGUCUAGGUUGGGGUUCAAUGUUGGGACGGGUAGAAUCAUAGAACACACAUGUACUUAGGAGCAAAGCAAAGAGAGAGAAAGAAGAAAGUUUUGGUAGCCGAUAUGUAUACACUUGUUGAUUGCAUCUGUAUAGUCCGGCAAAGGGUCGUCACUGUAUGUGUAUGUACACGCUAACAGAAAAAAUAAUCGGCGGUCGCUGUCUUGGACCAUGAAGCCUGUUCGCUC